AUGCCGCGCAUCAACAGCCUCACGUGGCUGGUCGGCUUCCCCUGCCUGCUAGCCCUGGUCACCUGGCGCACCGUCUCGUGGCCAUACACCAAGGUCGAAGAGAGCUUUACGAUUCAGGCUGUCCACGACAUCCUGAGCUACGGCGUCAGUCCCACUGCUCUGGAACGAUUCGACCAUCAAGUGUUUCCUGGUGCGGUGCCUCGCUCGUUCGUAGGCCCACUCGCACUCGCAGCGGUCGCCUACCCUUUUCUGUGGCUGUGCCGCGCCGUUGGAGCGGUUCAGACGUCGGCCGAUGUCCAAGCCAUCGUUCGUCUCUGCCUCGGAACAGCCAAUGCCGCUGCUGCUGCUUUCUUCGCACAGGCAAGCUUCGCUUCGGCGAACGACGCCAAGAAUGCUCGUGGCAGCGUGUCGUCAUCAGCCCGCACACAACUCGGCUUCUUCUUUGCCAUCACCGCGACGCAGUUCCACUUUGGCUUCUGGGUGAGCCGCACCAUCCCCAACUCGAUCGCGUUGCCUUUCGCUGUGAUGGCACUCGCAUUAGUCUGCCGCAAUUUGGACUUGAACUCGAAAUGCGCCCAACGAAGCAGCAGGGACAUUCGCAUUGCCCUCUGGCUACUCACCUUCAGCGCCGUGAUUCUACGUUCGGAGAUCGCGGCGACGAUCAUCCCGGUGGGACUCUACCUCUUAUUCACCGGCAGAUUCGGUCUUCUGGCAGCGAUCAAGACUGGUCUUGCCGCAGCGACCUUCAGCGUCGCCGUGACCACCUUCAUCGACACGUACUUUUGGCAAGAUUUGCAGCAAAAUACAGCUCAGGGUAUCCUUACCGCCUUCACAACGGCCGUCGUGCGGGGAUUCCGAGGAGAAGGACCACCGCCUCUGUGGCCGGAGCUGAAUGCGCUGGUCUUCAACGUGGUCGAUGGCAAGAGCAGUGAGUGGGGCGUGUCGCCUUGGCACGCCUACUUCACAGCCCUGCUGCCCAGGCUGCUCGUGUUUUCCGAAUCGCUGUUGCUAUACGGGGCGAUAGAGGCAAUGUCAGCUCGUCCUUCUGCCCUGACGGUCCGGGCAAGAUUCCUUCUGCUCACGGCUGGCUGUCAUAUGGCAGUGCUCAGCUGUCUCGGCCACAAAGAAUGGCGCUUUAUCCUGUACGUCGUUCCGGCCCUCAACGCGGUCAGUGCCGGUGGGGCCGAAAUGCUCACUCGCAGCACAGUCCGCAAGAUUGCUUUGGUCACACUGCUCGCGCUGCAAGUUGGCCUGAGCUGGCUCUCGGGCCACCUGAGCGCCAUCAACUAUCCAGGCGGACAAGCUCUCGACCUACUGCACAGACAGCUCGCCUUGGAAUCCAGCAUGGGCCCGGUGAUCGUCCACAUAGACGUAGCAGCCGCGAUGACCGGCGUAUCGCUCUUCCAGUCCUUGAACAUGCCUCGUGACGGAUCGGGUGGGCUGGUGGAUCGAUUCGCCGGCGUCGUCCCCUCCAACUGCGAAACGCACGGAUGCUGGGUGUACGACAAGACCGAGGACUUACCGGUCUCGGGGCCUCAAGCCGCAGAGGCAUGGAGCAAGUUCACGCACCUCCUGGAGUACUCUCGCGAGUGUCGCGUGAUGUUGUCAUCUUCGGAUGCGACCGCAACUCCUCUGCCGGACGACGAGCAGCCGUUCGAGCCUCUCACAUCCCCCGUCACCAUGUUUGCCGGUUUCCGACGCAAGACUGUCGCGCAAAUCCUGAGGGACCUUGCGAGCGCUCCCAAGGCUACAGUCGUGGCCAUUCUCGGCUCGUCAGAAGACAACUCUCAGCCGAACCCGAUGCGGCUCCUUCUCCCAUUAGACAUCCUAGAGGAGCCAGCGAUAUGGCUUUGUCGGCGCAAGGACGCAAAAUAG